AUGAGUGAAAGCUUGAGACUCACGUGUCAUAGUGAUGUUAGAAAGUUUUCUUUUAGCCAUGGCACCAGUCCGGAGCAUGGCACCCGUCCGGAGCAUGGCACCCGUCCGGAGCAUGGCACCCGUCCGGAGCAUGGCACCAGUCCGGAGCAAGGUACCCGUCCGGAGCAUGGCACCCGUCCGAAGCAUGGCACCAGUCCGGAGCAUGGCACCAGUCCGGAGCAUGGCACCCGUCCGGAGCAUGGCACCCGUCCGGAGCAUGGCACCCGUCCGGAGCAUGGCACUCGUCCGGAGCAAGGUACCCGUCCGGAGCAUGACACCCGUCCGAAGCAUGGCACCCGUCUGGAGCAAGGCACCCGUCCGGAGCAAGGCACCCGUCCGGAGCAUGGCACCCGUCCGAAGCAUGGCACCCGUCCGGAGCAUGGCACCAGUCCGGAGCAUGGCACCCGUCCGGAGCAUGGCACCCGUCCGGAGCAUGGCACCCGUCUGGAGCAAGGCACCCGUCCGGAGCAAGGCACCCGUCCGGAGCAAGGCACCCGUCCGGAGCAUGGCACCCGUCCGAAGCAUGGCACCCGUCCGGAGCAUGGCACCAGUCCGGAGCAUGGCACCCGUCCGGAGCAUGGCACCCGUCCGGAGCAUGGCACUCGUCCGGAGCAAGGUACCCGUCCGGAGCAUGGCACCCGUCCGGAGCAAGGUACACGUCCGGAGCAUGGCACCCGUCCGGAGCAUGGCACCCGUCCGGAGCAUGGCAACCGUCCGGGGCAUGGCACCCGUCCGGAGCAAAGUACCCGUCCGGAGCAAGGUACCCGUCCGGAGCAUGGCACCCGUCCGGAGCAUGGCAACCGUCCGGAGCAAGGCACCCGUCCGGAGCAAGGUACCCGUCCGGAGCAAGGUACCCGUCCGGAGAAAGGCACCCGUCCGGAGCAAGGCACCCGUCCGGAGCAAGGUACCCGUCCGGAGCAUGGCACCCGUCCGGAGCAUGACAACCGUCCGGAGCAAGGCACCCGUCCGGAGCAAGGUACCCGUCCGGAGCAAGGCACCCGUCCGGAGCAAGGCACCCGUCCGGAGCAAGGCACCCGUCCGGAGCAUGGCACCCGUCCGGAGCAUGGCACCCGUCCGGAGCAUGGUACCCGUCCGGAGCAUGGCACCUGCCCAGUUACUUUCUAA